CAGGAAUGACGAGCGUCGUGCGCGCCGGAGUGAUCGCAGUGCUAACCGCAGCCUUCAUUGCCCUGAUAAGGAGCACAAGCGCCUCCUGCAAUUAUGAAAUAUGGAUUGUCGACCAAGCGGACUCCAACAAUGGAACGGCACUUAUUGGCUAUGGCGGAUACAUCUACAUUUUCAAAAGCCGCGACCUGAAAAAAGCCCAUGAAAUAAUUGACCUCGGCGGUGAAGUGUCUCGGCUCUGCUUCCAGCAAACAGCUCUGCUGGCGGCGACGCAUUCUGCACUGCAGAGCGCCGUGGAGCGGUGCAGUGAUGAGGCCGCCUGUCCCCGCUGUGGUUCCUCAGGAUGUUGUGCUGGCUUUUCUCCUAUCCCCAUCACGGUCCUGCUGGGACAAACCCAUGGCUAUCAGCCUUCCCCAACUGAUCUGCAUGCACUGCCGUGCACCUUUCACCAUUCGGCCAACCGCUGUCGACUGCCUGCCGGAUACAGCAACCUCAUGGGACCCGUGUGA